CCCUCCAUCAAAAUUCUUCCUUUUUCAGCAUAACCAUCACAAGGGGCUUCUCGCAAUUCAACUCACUUCUUCUUUGGGUGAUUGCCUAAUGAAAUAAGAAGUUCGACGAGGGUUUUGUGUAUUUUUCAUUUCCUUUUUGUGUGGUUUGUGACAAAAUGCAGCUUUACAUAUCGCCCAGUUUGAGGCACAUUACUGUGUUUCCGGGGAAAGGUUUCAAAGAGUUCAUCAAAGUGAAGGUUGGCUCCAGACGGGUUUCCUAUCGAAUGCUCUUCUAUUCCCUUCUGUUCUUCACAUUUCUUCUCCGAUUCGUCUUCGUCUUGACUGCUGUGGACACCAUUGAUGGAGAAAGGAAGUGCUCUACCAUAGGUUGCCUGGGAAAAAGAUUAGGUCCAAGUCUUUUGGGAAGAAGGCUGGACGCAAAUGUCCCAGAAGUGAUAUACCAGGUACUAGAAGAGCCCAUUAGCAAAGAUGAAUUAAAAGGAAGAUCUGAUGUUCCUCAAACUUUAGAAGAUUUCAUGGCUGAGAUUAAGAAAAGCAAAUCAGACGCAAAGACCUUUGCAAUCAAGCUUAGGGAGAUGGUUACUCUUCUUGAACAAAGAACCCGCACGGCCAAAAUCCAAGAAUAUUUAUACCGCCAUGUAGCAUCGAGCAGCAUACCGAAACAGCUCCACUGCCUUGCACUAAAGCUAGCCAAUGAGCACUCCACCAAUGCAGCUGCCCGUCUCCAGCUACCUUCUGCUGAACUCGUCCCUGCCCUUGUCGAUAACUCCUACUUCCACUUCGUCCUUGCCUCCGACAACGUGCUUGCCGCCUCCGUCGUUGCAUCAUCGCUUGUCCACAACUCAUUGCGCCCCCAGAAUGUUGUCCUUCACAUAAUCACCGAUAGAAAGACUUACUCUCCAAUGCAGGCGUGGUUCUCGUUGCACCCGUUGUCGCCUGCUAUAAUUGAAGUCAAGGCCUUGCACCAUUUCGAUUGGUUUGCGAAGGGGAAGGUCCCGGUUUUGGAGGCAAUGGAGAAAGAUCAACGCGUGCGGUCGAAGUUUAGAGGUGGGUCGUCGGCCAUUGUGGCAAAUAAUACUGAGAAGCCUCAAGUCAUUGCAGCAAAGUUACAAGCAUUGAGUCCUAAAUAUAAUUCUAUGAUGAAUCACAUUAGAAUUCAUCUACCAGAGUUGUUCCCCAGCUUAAACAAGGUGGUCUUCCUGGACGACGACAUUGUGGUUCAAACAGAUCUUUCGCCUCUAUGGGACAUUGAUAUGAAUGGCAGUGUCAAUGGAGCAGUGGAAACAUGCAGGGGAGAAGAUAAAUUUGUUAUGUCAAAGCGGCUGAAGAGCUAUUUGAACUUCUCCCAUCCUUUGAUAUCAAAGAAUUUCGAUCCCAAUGAAUGUGCAUGGGCUUAUGGCAUGAACAUUUUUGAUCUAGAGGCAUGGAGGAAGACCAACAUAAGCCUUGCAUACCACUACUGGCUUGAACAGAACUUGAAAUCGGACCUGAGUUUGUGGCAGCUAGGGACAUUACCUCCAGGACUAAUAGCUUUCCAUGGUCAUGUCCAUGUUAUUGAACCUUUCUGGCACAUGCUGGGGCUGGGUUACCAGGACAAUACGACCUUUGCUGAUGCUGAGAGUGCUGGUGUCAUCCAUUUUAAUGGCAGAGCCAAGCCUUGGCUAGAGAUAGCAUUCCCAAAACUCAGGCCAUUGUGGGCUAAGUAUGUGGACUUUUCCGAUAAAUUCAUCAAGAGCUGUCAUAUUAGGGCAUCUUAGGUUGGGUUUUGAGAAGAAGAUGUUGAUCAUAUUGAUAAAAGAUACCCAUUUGUAUAUGAAAAAUGAAAAUGAGAGUGAAGAGAGUUCGCAAAUUCAAGGCCUUGAAAACUGGAUGAGAGAUGUACCGGCAUCAGCCUGCUCUUUUUCUUAACUCUCAUUUGUUGGUUGAAGCUCCCUUAUUCUUUCUA